UCUUUCCUUCUUUUUCCGGGUCAGUAAACAAAAACGGAUAUUUCUCUACUCCGAGCAGUAAUUGCAAAAUUUACAAAUUAAUGGUGCCAUCGAUCAAAGAAGAAACCCAACCAACCCAGGAAUACUCAUUUCUUUACUUUAAUUUAACGAUUCCCGCCCCCGUUCACACGGCACCACCAACAAAGGAAAAAUCUGCGUGAAAUUCAAUUCCGCAGAAGAAGAAAAAAAAUCAGUUUUUCUGGGGCAAUGGUGAGAAGAAAGGAUUGCGGAAGUUUGAUUUUCAUUUUACUAAUUGUUGUGUUCUGCGCGAAAUUGAGUCAUUCGGCUAGAUCGGAGUACGAGACCAGGGAGAAGUUUUAUGGGGAUCUGAUCAAUACCACGGCGUCGGAUAAUGGCGACGGGAGUAUUGCUAAGAUGUUUGAUCGUGUGUUGGAGAAGGAGUUUUCGGAGAAUGAUCAGCCUGAAGAUCCUGGUGGAAGCAGCUUCAAUAGCAGUGUAGCAGACCAACAGGCCGAAUUGGAGACUGUUGCUAAAAUCACCCAUGAGAAGAUAAAGAAGAAUGACACCAAUGAUGCUAAUGGUACCAAACCGUUCCAACUUCAAGAUGUAUUUUCCCAUGAAAAUGAAGAUUCUGGUGACAUGGCAACUCUAAUAGAUAAAAAGGAUAAUGUGUUUGUGAUGUCGAACAGGAAAUCAAAAUAUCCAGUCCUUCAAGUAGAUUUUAGGCUAAUUUCAGACUUGGUGGUUGUCAUAGUAUCUGCUGCCAUUGGUGGAAUUCUCUUUUCCUGUUUAGGGCAACCGGUUAUUGUUGGAUAUCUUCUUGCGGGAUCCAUUAUUGGACCUGGUGGUUUGAAAUUUAUCAGUGAGAUGGUACAGGUUGAGACAGUUGCGCAGUUUGGUGUUGUCUUUCUUCUAUUUGCUUUAGGACUGGAGUUCUCUCUGUCAAAGCUUAAAGUUGUGGGUCCUGUUGCUGUUCUUGGUGGAUUGCUUCAGAUAAUUAUUCUUAUCUUCUUGUCUGGCAUAACUGCAUUGUUAUGUGGAGCAAAGUUGUCAGAGGGUGUCUUUGUUGGUUGUUUUCUCUCAAUGUCAUCAACUGCAGUGGUAGUGAAAUUUCUGGUCGAGCAGAAUAGCAACAAUGCCCUUCAUGGGCAAGUGACAAUAGGAACUCUUAUUUUUCAGGAUUGUGCUGUGGGCUUGUUAUUCGCUUUGCUCCCUGUUUUAGGAGGUAAUAGUGGGGUUUUGCAGGGGAUGGUUUCCAUGGGAAAAGUGCUACUCACUUUAUCCAUGUUUCUCGUCGUGGCUACUCUAUUGACUUGGUCUUUUGUUCCUCGGUUUUUGAAGCUGAUGAUACAAUUAUCAUCCCAAACAAACGAGCUCUACCAGCUGGCUGCUGUGGCCUUCUGCCUGAUGUCUGCUUGGUGCAGUGAUAAACUCGGCCUCAGUCUUGAAUUGGGUUCAUUUGUGGCUGGUGUCAUGAUAUCCUCCACAGAAUUUGCACAGCAUACCUUAAAACAGGUGGAACCUAUACGUAACUUCUUUGCUGCUCUGUUCCUUUCUAGUAUUGGUAUGCUCAUACACGUGCAGUUCCUGUGGACGCAUGUGGAUAUAUUGCUUGCCUCAGUUAUUCUGGUUAUUGUGGUUAAGACGGCAGUUGCUGCUGGUAUUACAAAGGCCUUUGGCUACAGUCUUAGGACAUCGUUUAUUGUUGGAGUGCUGCUUGCACAAAUCGGAGAAUUUGCAUUUGUUCUUCUAAGUCGUGCCUCAAAUUUGCAUAUUGUCGAGGGAAAGAUGUAUCUUCUUCUUCUUGGAACAACGGCGCUCAGUCUUGUUUCAACACCCAUCUUAUUCAAAUUGAUACCGGCUCUAAUGCGCUUCGGUGUUCUUAUGCACUGGUUUCCAUCAGAUAGUGUAACUAACAAUGAGGAGAAGGUUCCCAUGAUCCAAACCACAUGAUAGACAACUUUUUUCGGACCUUUGCAAUCACACGAUGCAUCUGUUGGGUAAGAACCUCAAUCAAUGCUGAACUAAUCACAUGCGUGUGUUUACAAAGAUUGCACAAUUUUUGCGGUUAUCAAAUACGGAUGCUAUAUAGCCUAUACAGUAUACACAUAAAACAUUAGGCACAGUUUUAAUUUGGGCGAACCUGGUAUUCUCCUGUGUACAAAAAUAGCCCUCAUAUAAUGCAGGUACGUAUACACAAUUUACUGGCUUAGUUUGCUAUUUGCACCCACCGAUGUAGCAGUGACCAAGACGUUCUAUCUUUUUCUUAUAA